AUCAUGACUGCGUGGGGUGUGAGGCAUCGCAUGUUCGCGUUUGAAGCUUUUAUCAAAAAUGGUGAAUCAGUGGUGGCUACGCAGAGACUGUUUCGGCGUGAAUUUAAUAUUGGCCGUCAUGGAGCUGUCCCAAGUCGUAACACGAUUCUGAAGUGGGUCAACGAUCUUCGAACAACUGGAAAUGUGAUGAAAAAGAAGCCACCAGGACCUACUCGCACGGCACGGACCCCCGAAAGUGUGGAGAGGGUGAGGCACGCGUUGCGAACAAGUCCAUGCCGCUCAGUGCGAAAACAAGCGCAAGCAUUAAGACUAAGUCGUUCCACAGUUCGCCGUAUUGUCAAACAUGACCUCAGAUUCCACCCAUACAAAUUGGCAAUUGUCCAGCAGCUGAAACCAACUGACUUUCCACAACGCAAUGAUUUCUUAUUGGAGCGCGUUCACCAAGGGUUUUUGAACAGACUUGCAACAUGUUUCGAGCAAGAUGGUCACCACUUGACAGAUGUUAUUUUUAAGGUUUGAUUUCUUAAAUGGCAUAGUACUGGCUGUAAGUACAUGAAAAAAUAAAUGUUAUAUGCUGAAAAACAAAUGUGUACUACUCAUUUAAAAACCGUCAGGUUCCCGUGGA